CAACUUCGACACAAAUAAGAUUUUCGCAUUUGUGGAGAACGUGCAACGUAGGAUGUUUUACUGCUCUAUUCUCUGAUUGACGAGUUGACGAAAUUUGUGAAGAAAGAGAGAAUAAUAUUGUGAUAGUUUACUUUUAAAGAAUACAAAAUGUUUGGGUUUGGUUUUCUGGAAAUGCCUCGGCCAUUUAAUACCCAAUACAGGUGUUAUUCAGUCUCCAUGUUGCCUGGUCAAGAACGUCAAGAUGUUGAAAAAGGAGGAAAAAUUAUAAUGCCACCCUCUGCCCUGGAUCAGUUGACAAGGCUUAAUAUUGUGUACCCAAUGUUGUUUAAAUUGACAAACCCUAGAGAGGGUCGUAUUACUCAUUGUGGAGUAUUAGAAUUUGUUGCAGAUGAAGGUAAAAUAUACCUACCUUACUGGAUGAUGCAGAACCUUCUUUUAGAUGAAGGUGAUUUGCUUAACAUUGAAAGUGCAUCAUUACCUGUUGCAACCUUCUCCAAGUUUCAACCACAGUCUGAAGACUUUUUGGAUAUCAGCAAUCCCAAAGCUGUUUUAGAAAAUGCUUUGCGUUUUAAAUGGUCAAGUCAAGUGAUGUAAAAGGUGCAAUGAUGUCCAAACAACGUGGCCAAAGCAGUUAUGGGUCUAAAGCACCCAUAGAUCUGGAACACAUUUGGUCAGACCUUUUACAAGGCAUUGAAAAAGUCUACAACAAACAGGCCAUGUCUAAAAAACAGUACAUGGAUCUAUACACUCAUGUGUAUGAUUAUUGCACCAACGUAAAUAAUCAAGGAGGAAGGGGAAAUUCAGUUUCAAUCCCCUCUGCUGCCACUAGUAAAGCCAAAAAGAGUCAGGCGGCUGGUGGGGCCCAGUUUGUGGGACAUGAACUGUAUAAAAGAUUAAAGGAAUACCUAAAGGCUCAUUUAGUCAGUGUUCUUAAGAAUGGAGUUGACUACAUGGAUGAAACUGUACUCAAGUUUUACACACAACAACGGGAAGAAUACCAGUUCAGCUCAAAGGUUUUGAACGGAGUUUGUGCCUAUUUAAAUCGACAUUGGGUGAAACGAGAGUGUGAAGAAGGGCAGAAAGGAAUUUACGAAAUUUAUCAAUUGGCGCUUGUUACAUGGAGAGAAAACUUAUUUCGCCAUCUCCACAAACAAGUAACAAAUGCCGUGCUGAAACUCAUUGAAAAAGAGCGAAACGGAGAUCCUAUUAAUACACGAUUAGUUAGCGGUGUCAUGAACUGCUACGUUGAACUUGGAGAAGAUCAGUCAGCCAAGGGACAGAAUUUAUCGGUCUAUAAGGAGUCAUUUGAGAAUUCAUUCUUAGAGGAUACCGAGCGCUUCUAUACCCGGGAAAGUGCCGAGUUCCUCCGCCACAAUCCAGUGACAGAGUACAUGAAGCGAGCCGAACAGCGGUUAACUGAGGAACAAAAACGAGUGCAGACAUACUUGCAUGAAGCCACCCUUGACAAAUUAAGCAAAACCUGUGAAAAAGUCCUCAUAGAAAAGCAUUUGGAGAUCUUUCAGGCAGAAUUUCAACACCACCUUGCCGACGACAAACAUGAUGACCUUGGGCGGAUGUACUAAUUGGUGUCGCCCAUAUCAGAAGGGUUAACGGAAUUGCGAACAUUGCUCGAAGAUCACAUAACGAUUCCGACGUUCGAUGGCUUGUCGGCCAUCGAACGCGAAGGAGAAGCAGCACACAAUGAUCCUAAGGUUUACGUUACUACCAUUUUGGACGUGCAUCGUAAAUACAACGCCCUUGUGAUGUCAGCGUUUCAUAACGAUGCCGGAUUUGUGGCCGCUUUGGACAAAGUUUGCGGGAAGUUCAUUAACAGCAACGCCGUGACAAAGGCUGCAAAUUCCUCGUCGAAAUCGCCAGAAUUGCUGGCCAAAUACUGUGAUCUUUUACUGAAAAAGAGCGCCAAAAAUCCUGAAGAGGCCGAAUUAGAGGAUACGUUAAAUCAAGUGGUAUGUGGCAUAUUUGAUGUUCUACCUUCCAUGACAACUACCAAAAUGGGGAAAAAACAACAACAAUCAAACAAAACCAAACACAAAACUGGCUUUUCUCUUUUCUAGCUUUUUACCUGGAUCAUGCUUGCGUUUCUAACGAACGAUGGAAAUGUUCUUCUGCUGUGUGUGAUACAUUUUUGUUUGCUAAUUUCUUAUUUCGAUUGUUGGAAACUUAUCACUGCCUCAAAUACAAAGCAUUCAUUUAUA